UGAUCAGUUUGUUUUUUCGUGACCAAAGUUCAGUGAAACAAUUCACAAUUUUACUUUUUGCUUCAUUUUACGAUGUUAGUCAAUUCAAAAACCGUGCAAUGCUCUUCGAAAAAGGAUUACCAUAGCGAAGACAGUGUUGAAAUUGCAGUUUGUGCUUGUCGUGAUAAAACCAAACCAAGGCAUUUCGAGGAGUUUGGCGAUUGCGACGAAGAACAAUACAUCGGAAAUGUGAAAAUUUUCACGCUUCGCAUUCCACUCAGAGAAACCAUUCAAACGGUCACUUUUCCAAAGGAUCCAGAAAAAUCGGAUAUUAUGAUUCAUGGUAUUCAACACAAUGACUAUAGGAUUCAGCCGUCAAAAUUGACAAUUGAAAGUGGCGGAUUCGGUUCGACAUAUGCAAAAAUCACCAUUACAUCACAUUACGGCUCCGGUUUGUCAUCGGUCAUUCACUUUUAUGGAGCGAAAAAUACAAACAUAAAUUCUUUUUAAACACUCGGUUUUAAACAAUCAUACAA